UAUUUCUCACUUUCUUCACCUUCCCCAGUGUAUAUGUUUUUUUGUAAGGUGUUUUAGCUGGUUAGACCGGGCAGGCAUUUUUCAAUGCAUUUUCCAUAAUAAAUAGAAAAUAAACAAUUUAUUUAAAAGAAUCGCCUUCACUUAACACAACACAACACCAUGGAUAUUAUCAUAGCGAAUGUAACUCACAUCGAGUUCAAAAUAGAAAAAGAUCUAAAUGGACAAUUCGGUGCGCUUCCACUACCCUUCCCUGGAAUGGACAAAUCAACGGCGGCGGUUUGUCAAUUCUUUAACUGUGCCGAUGGCUCCAUGUGCGACAAAGGUGCUGCUUGUCCCUUCCGACAUGUACGCGGGGACAGGACGGUCGUUUGCAAACAUUGGCUACGUGGAUUGUGCAAAAAGGGUGAUCAGUGUGAGUUUUUGCACGAAUACGAUAUGACAAAAAUGCCUGAAUGCUACUUCUACUCUCGAUUCAAUGCGUGCCACAACAAAGAAUGUCCCUUCCUGCACAUUGACCCGGAAAGCAAGCUUAAGGACUGUCCGUGGUACGACAGAGGAUUCUGUCGACACGGUCCCCAUUGUCGCCACAGGCAUGUGCGACGCGUGCUGUGCAUGAACUACUUGGCCGGUUUCUGUCCCGAUGGCUCUGCUUGUAAAUACAUGCAUCCGAGAUUUGAACUUCCAGCGCCUCCUGAAAUCCCCAAAGAUCAAAUGGUUAAGCGCUUACCUACUUGUCACUAUUGCGGCGAAUUGGGUCACAAGGCGUCUGGUUGUCCGAAGAUGCCUCCGGAACAGAGAGAAAUGACAAUACGGCAGGAGGAACAACGUUUCCGUUCACUCUCAUACUACAAACAACAAGUGCAAAACCAUCACCACUAUCACCAUCAACCGCAUCAUCAGCAACAACAACAGAACAAUCCGAAUAAUGUAAGCACAACGGUGCCAGAGGAAAAUGCCGCCGAAGGUGCCAUCAAACAAGAAUCCCCACAGAAACCCAUACCCAGGCCCCUGGAAGAGAUAACUUGCUAUAAAUGUGGUCACAAGGGUCAUUAUGCCAACAAAUGCCCCAAGGGUCAUCUCGCUUUCUUGUCGAACCAACAUAGUCACAAGAAAAAAGACAGCACCUAACAUAGGGCUCAUCAUACUUAGUAAAAAGAUUCCCAUCAAAGGAUCUUGGCUUAUAGGAACAUGUAUCGUUAAAAAAGAGGAGAAAAAUCAACAACAUGGUGUAUACCCAGUUAUGUUAGUUUUUAUUUCGAGUAAUAAUUAAA